UACAUGUUGUUUUAUUCAACUAAAAGUAAAUAAAGUUAAAACAAAAUGGUUCAAGUAAGGAGAGUGUUGGUUUUAUACACUGGAGGUACUUUUGGAAUGUUGAAGAAUGAAAAAGGGGUACUCGUUCCGCAGCAGAACAUUGAACCCAGAAUCAUAAGGAAGCUUCCUCAACUUCACGAUAAUGAAUACUGGCAACAAAAUUUGGCCAAAACUGAUAAGAAUGAAUACCUUGUCUUACCUGAUGGGAAAGAUACCGACAUGAAGAUUUUGUACAAAAUCCACGAAUAUGAGGAAUUAAAGGAUGCAUCGAACUUCACAAUUGAUGAUUGGAUCAAGAUGGGCCGUGAUAUUAAGCGUUUUUAUCACGACUACGAUGGAUUUGUGAUUCUACACGGAACUGAUACGACAGCGUACGGUGCUUCGAUGCUGUCGUUUAUGCUGGAGGUUAUUGGCAAAACUAUUGUGCUCACGGGAGCACAGGUACCAAUAUUUCAACCCCGUAGUGAUGGUAAUAACAACUUUUUAUGCGCCAUCGUGAUAGCUGCUACGUUGCAAAUACCUGAAGUGACAGUAUUUUUUGGUUCUAAGCUAUUCAGAGGAACAAGGGUAAAAAAGGUCUCUAAUACUAGAAUAUAUGCAUUUGACUCUCCAAACUAUCCUGCCCUGCUAGAAGCGAAGGCAACACUUGUAUUAAAUCCGAAGAUGUUGCUUCAUCCACCUGGAUCUGUGCCUGAUGAGUGCAGGCUACAUGACAAACUUUCAAGAAAGGUUUACGUCUUAAAAGUAGCUCCGACAAUAACGGCUGAGAUCAUAAAAGCAGUAUUCCAAGGCAUGGAAGGUGUAGUUCUAGAAACAUACGGUAACGGAAACAUGCCAAUUAAGCGCAAAGAGAUCUAUGAAGAGAUAGAGCGGGCGGUUAAAAAUAAUAUAUUAGUUGUAAAUGUCACGCAGUGCAUCAACGGCACGGUCCAAGAGAAGGCGAUUUAUGAGACCGGACUGUUGCUGGUCGAGUGCGGCGUGGUCCCCGCUUUCGACAUGACAACCGAGGCAGCGUUUGCUAAACUAUGCUACGUUCUUACAAAAACUGAACUCAGUUAUGCGGAAAAAGUCAAGCUAAUGAAGACAAAUAUACGAGGUGAAUUAAGCAAUCCUAAUCAAGAGGUCUGAAGAUCAUAUUUUUAAUUAAAAUAUUGACUAAAAA